GGUCGAAACAUUGCACUGAAGCAGAACACAUCGCAGACGUCGACCUUCACGAUGCCGGGCUACAGCUUCAUAGCAGGGAACGCCGUCGACGGAGCCACUCACUCGGACGUGCGGCACAACUCGUGCACUCAGACGAACGACGAGCGGGUCCCGGUAUGGAACGUCUCGUUCGACAGAAGUUAUUUCAUCACAAGAUAUGUUCUGUACAGCGCGGGCGGGCCAACAGGUAUGUAG